AAUGGGAGUCGACUCUCAAUCACACAAACGAGUCGUGGACGAAUAUCUACGUCACUAUACAAUAAACGUGUUGCUGAGACUGCCGGGAAAACUUAUUUCUCCUCCCACAAAACUGUCGCGCGUUCGUGAUGCAUGUGUAUCAUGUCUAGAGUCUGUGUUCUACGGUGUGAAACUAAGUCCGUCUUAUUUCAGCUACCCAAGCAAGAACGUCUGAGGGAAAAAUGGUUACAAUUCAUUUUUCAAAGAAUACCGAAGGAGUAUAACCCCAGGGUUGUACUCUGUGCGCGUCAUUUCACCGAUGAUUGCUUUGAUAAUCUUGGCGCGUUCACUGCAGGAUAUGUGAAACGACUAUCCUUGAGAGUGGGGGAAAUACCAACUCUAUUUGGACCUUUUAGCUCCACCGAGUCCCGACCUAGUACAUCUCAGCAGACCAUUGGGUCACAACAAAUUACAAGUCUAGGCCAAUCAGCUGAAGUGGGUUGUCAUAGUGACUUGCCACACAAUGUGUCGGUGGCAACCCAAACAGAUGAAUUGGAAAAAACAUCAGUCGGCACACAACUUUCCAUUGGUACGCUAAAAGAAAAACACCAUCGGAGCAAAGCCUCACAGGCAGCAGCUUGUUGUGGGAGCGUUGGCACAGUAACUGCAUCAAUGUCCUAUGACAUGCAAUUUUCAUCAACGCCUGUAAAAGCAACUGAAUACAGACCACACAAAAGACCUCGACUGAUGUUGGAAGAGGAAGAAGAGAAGGAGGUGGAGGAAGAAUCUGCCACACAAUUUCAGUCAGAACCUCAUGACUCGACUUUUAACCCAGUGGAAUCUGAACUGUCGUCUGAAGCUCAAAGUUCAAUAUAUUCUGGCCCCAAAUAUAUUGUUUUUGAAUCCUGUCUCCGUGAGCUGUUUGACACGUGUCCAAUUUGCAGAGGGAAAUCGGAUGUACAGCAAAGGCGGAUGGGAACAUAUGUGGCAUUCACUCAGCUUUGCCCCAAGUGUACGUACUAUCGGAAAUGGCAGAGCCAACCUUUAGUGGGAUGUACACCCAUCGGAAAUCUGCUGUUAUCUGCUGCUACGUAUUUUACGGGAGGAUCGUUUUUCCGUCUUCAAAAAAUUUGCAACGCCAUGAAGUUACAAGUGUUCCACUAUUAUACAUUCCGGAGACAUUGCAGAAACUUUUUGGAGCCAGCAAUUGUGCAUAGAUGGAGAAGUGAACAGCAAAACAAUUUCCAAAAAUUACGCCAGGAGGAAAGAAUUGCUCUAUCUGGAGAUAUGCGUGCAGACUCACCAGGCCACUCAGCAAAAUAUGGAAGCUACUCUGUCAUGCACACGGAAAGCAAUACUGUUUUGGACCUUCAGCUUGUUCUGAGCAAUGAAGUUGGAGGAAGUUCCCAUAUGGAGAAAGAAGGGCUGAAGAGAUGUUUGGAUCUAGUAGAGAAAAACAGUUUAUCAGUGGACUACAUUGUCACUGACCGGCACCCACAGAUCCAGAAAUAUUUGAGAGAACGUAGAAUAACUCAAUUCUACGAUGUGUGGCACUUUGAAAAAGGUUUGUCAAAGAAGUUGGUCAAACUGGCCAAAAACAAGGACUGUGGGUUGUUGAAGAAGUGGCUGCACAGCAUUCGGAACCAUGUUUACUGGUGUGCGACUUCUUCUACGUCAGGACCAGAGAAGGUUGCAAAAUGGAUGUCACUUCUCAAUCACCUACAGAACGUUCACAUUCAUGACAAUUCCAUUUUUCCGAGGUGUGCACAUCCUGUACGUAUUUCCAGGUCCCCCAAGAAAUGGUUUCAACCAGGGUCAGUAGCACUCCGCAAGGUUGAAAAAGUUCUUUUCAACACAAGGGUUAUCAAGGACAUGGAGAAGCUAAGCCACCAUUUCCAAACAUCCUCGCUGGAGGCAUUCCAUAGCUUGAUUCUCCGAUUCACACCCAAAAAUGUGUCUUUUCCUUUCAUUGGAAUGUUGUGCAGACAGUACCUUGCAGUGCUACAUUACAAUGAGAAUGCAAACCGAACACAAGCCACUACUGCAGCAGGACAGCCAAGGUACAAUCUAGAGCUGCCAAAAUCCAAAAAUGGUGAAUUCAUAGCACGGCCAAUAAAAACAGAACCAACAUACCAUUAUGUACAAGAACUACUGGGUCUUGUCUUUGAGGAGGUUAUAAUAGACCCCACACCAUUUGUUGAGGAAUUGAACAACAUUCCUGUUCCCCCAGACCUGACUCAAGAUUAUGACAGACCAUCAAAGGAUGAAGCAAUUGCCCACCAUGUAUCCAGAUUCACUCCAAAGGUGGUCGAAAGCCAACAUACUGACCAGUCUGAUCUGGAAACUCCUGCUGUAUCUGGGCUACAACACAGGAUGGAAUGACAACACGGACAUGCCGACCUAAGCAGCACCAGCUCACAAAGCUUCUAUACGCCAGAUGGCGGAAUUGCCUAUAAUUCACAGACAUAAUAUUACAUAUUUGUAAAUACGUGUGUACCUAAAUGUUUCAGUUUUGAUAAAGGUUUUUCAAUUAUAAAAAAGUGUAUUGUUGUAUUAUUAAAUCAAUUCAAUAAUAUUUA